AUGACGCCACAGCUGUGUGGCUGGACACAACCCGCCAAUCGCCGGCCCAGGAGGGGGCGAACCGGCCAGGUGUCGGGGGCCAUAGCCGGGGAGCGAGUGACCAAACAGGCACAAGGCCGCUUGUCGCCCGCCCAACUCAGCCAGUACAGGCGACCGAGGCCUCCGGGACCGCCCGGAAAGAGGGGGAAGAGGGGCAAGAAAGGGGAUGCCGGCGAGCCGGGAGUGGUGGGUCCCAUCGGCCCGCCUGGGAAGAAUGGGUUUCCGGCCCAGAAAGGUGAGAAGGGUGACAGGGGUGUAAUGGGGACGCCAGGCGCUCGUGGGUAUCCGGGCUUUCCGGGUCCCAUUGGUCUGGAUGGCCCGAAAGGAGAACCCGGCAGGGCUGGUGACAAGGGUCAGAAAGGUGAACUGGGCAGUCCUGGGUUCGAUGUUUUCUCUGCGGUCAAGGGAUUAAAGCGCUCAGUUACUACCCUUAGGGGUGGUACGUUAGGUUACGCUGAGAUAGUGGCUGUCAAGGGUCUUCAGGAGGCAGGCCAUAACAUUUCGGCCCACCAGAUCAUUAUGCUCAAAGGCGAGCCGGGCGAACCCGGGCCCCCGGGACCGCCUGGGCCUCAGGGUCCGGAGGGCCUGCCGGGCCACGACGGCAGGCAGGGCAUCCCGGGAGAGCCUGGCCCGCCGGGGACUAUAGGGCCUCAGGGCCCCGCAGGGCCCGUGGCUCCUCCCGGCACCCCGGGACUGCAAGGACCGAAGGGUGUAAGGGGUGAAUACGGCUACAUGGGACCACCUGGAUUUCCAGGUCUACCUGGACAGCCUGGACUACCAGGUAUCCCUGGCAGGAAUGGCAGUCGGGGGUUCCCGGGUGACUUCGGGAUGCGGGGCCCGCCCGGAGAUAAGGGCGACAAGGGCGAACGCGGGUUGACGACGACGCUGAACGGAGACCAGUUCCCCACAGGAAUCAUCGAGGGUCCACCUGGACCUCCGGGCCUUCCCGGACCCGAGGGCCCACGCGGUGAGAAAGGUGAUUUGGGGCCCACUGGCCCCCCAGGCAUGCCCGGAGAGAAGGGGGCAAGGGGCAAACGGGGGAAGAGGGGCCGUAAAGGCGUGUCGGGCGAAGCUGUAGACAGAGGCUUACCGGGGCUGCCGGGCCCCAAAGGUGAGCCAGGCGACUCGGGACCUAAAGGAGAAAAGGGCGAGAAGGGAGAACUAGGAAUUUCAGGAGGGAAAGGCGACCCGGGUCCGAGGGGGCCGCCCGGCGAGGACGGCUUGAACGGAGCCGCAGGACCCCAAGGACCUCCUGGUUUGCCGGGUCAAGCCGGGCCUAAAGGCGAGAAAGGUGAAUAUGGCGACAUCGGGCCCCCGGGCCUCAUGGGACCACCUGGACUGCCGGGCCCGCCUGGGUAUCCAGGCCAGAAAGGUGAGAAAGGAGAGAAAGGUGAAUCGAAAUACAAAAAACUUAGACGACGUCAGGGUGAUGGGACAUUUGAAGGAAGUGGCGGCGAAUUCAUAGUAGGUCCUCCGGGCCAGCCGGGUCCUGCCGGCACGCCUGGUCUCCAAGGACCCCCUGGGAUCAAAGGCGACCGGGGUAUGGAUGGUACAAAAGGAGAACCCGGUGAAAAAGGUGUAAAAGGUGAUCCAGGACCCAUGGGUUUGCCUGGACCAAUGGGGCUGCGAGGGGAGCCGGGACGACCGGGCGAGGUGGGGAAGCCUGGCGUCAUGGGUCCUCCUGGUCUUGACGGAAUGAAGGGAGCCCAGGGCGAGCCGGGCAGCAAGGGCGAGAGAGGAGACCCGGGACUGCCUGGAACAGAUGGCAUUCCUGGUGCAGAGGGUCCUAAAGGUGAGAAAGGUGCAAAAGGAGAUGCAGGGCCGAUAGGCAAGCGCGGCAGGAAGGGCGACAAGGGUGACAAAGGAGACCAGGGGGUCCCGGGGCUGGACGCCCCCUGCCCGCUGGGACCAGACGGCCUGCCGCUACCUGGCUGCGGCUGGAGACCACCAAAGGAGUACACCCCUGCCCUGACCACAAUGACAACUCCCUCCCAAUACCUCCCUGCGACCCCCGAGCCCUCGGUGGAGGGCGACUACGACGAGGGCGAGGAGGAGUACGAGGAGUAUCCCGACCAGACCAACUACCAGGCCACCAGUGCCGCUGGCAGGAAGUAGUCGCUAACAUAACCUCAACCCCACUAACAAGCCGGUAGCCCUGCCGCGGUCCUUCAUCCAAGAUAAUUGGCUACAAGGAAAGAGAAACUGACAUUUUGGUCUGCAUUUUGGAAAAAAGUGAUGUACAUAAUGUACUUAUGCCAGCCACUUGAAUAUACCCAGUGUGCAGUUUUUACAUGUACAUUUUAAUGCAUUUCAUGCAACCUGAUCACUACUUUCAAAUACUUUUUUUUUUAAAUGUGACGUGUGCCAAGUGAAGAUGACAUAUGUGUCUGCCUACAUAACAAAGUGGAUAUUUUGUAGUUGUGACAAAAUGAUACUCAUAAAACUGUCUUUAUUACAAAUUGUGUACAAAUGAAAGAGGUUGUGUUGAUGUGUACAUGCAAUGACAUAUGUUAGCACAAUUACGUAUGUCUGUACUACUGUAAUGCUGUUUUCAUAUAUAGUAAAAAAAAAUAUGUCCGUUCUGCUCGAUUCUAAAUGAAGGUUUAAAGGAUGGGUGUAAAAAAAUGUGAAAUUUAAUAUUUAACUGUGUGUACAUUUUGCAUAAAAAAUUUACUGUACAUUUUAAAUUGAAGUAAAAGACUAAUUCAUAUCAGCAAAAAAAAGUUACUGUAAAAAAUACUGAAAUUAUUAACAUGUAAUACAUUAUCCAUCGACUGUUUUCAUUGCAGUAAAUGUGUAACGAGUUCCUGUUUGUUCAAGUGUUAUUCAGUGUUUUGUUUGUCUUCUGGGUUCAGAUGGAAAGUGUAAAAACUGGAUGUUAUUUGUAGCAGUUUUCACAAUAAAAUGAGCUAAGAAAUGUGAAAAUAUUCACCCAAAAAAUUUAUAACGAGAUUCAUAAAACUCUUUUUAAUUUGUCAAAAUGUAUCUAUUAAAAACUGCAAACAAUUUUUUUUUCUUCUGUGAUUUACAUAUUAUAUAGUUAAAACAUAUUUAUAUUUAUUUGUACUGUCAUAAAGUAGUUAAGUUAGAUUUAUUAAUUUUUUUAAGUGUCUCAUCCAUAACUUUUAUUAACAUCACAUAAUUUUUUUAAAGAACACUUUAAAAUAAAUACUAGUUUAUACAAAUUAGUCAUUUCAUAAUGAAGCAGGUAAAAAAUAUAAAACAUUUUGUGUAAGAUAGUUAUGGUUGUGCAUAAGUUGUAAAGAUAAUUUUCAUGCAAUUUCUGCUGCAUAAUACCAGUUCAUAUGUAGUACUGUAUAGAAAAAAUAAAUCACAUUUUCUGACUAUAAUGAUUUACAAAAAAAUCUAUUAUAUAGGUAUGAAAAUUUAAAUGAUUUCGUAAUAAAAUUAUUAAAAAAAUAAAAUUAUGACAUUUAGCUAAAAUUAUUUUUAAAGAAGUAAUUGAACAUUGCAUUACUACAGUAAUGUGAGCUGGUGGGAUAGUUUGUUACAUCAUAUGUGGCAAUGAUAAUAGAAUAGACUUUCACUUUUUAAGAACUGGUGCUUACAAGACUGGGCGGCUCACUUUGAAUAUAUGGGCUAAAAAAAGUGCUUCCUUUGUAAUUAUACAGUUAUCAUGAGAACAAAUACCAAACACCAUAUUUUAUUGAUAUGGCUUUCAACUUUGUAGUUUCAAGGUAUUUAUAUUGAAUUCUCAUUUUUUUGUGUUAAACAUUGUGGAGAUUUCCCAAGUAGUUUGGUGUCACCAUGUUGUGCAAAUGUUUUUUUUUUACAUAAAACUAAUUACAGUGGUGUUUCUUUAAAGGUAAAUAAAUAUAAAAACAAUAAUUCAAAUAUAUUUAUGGUGUUGAAGACAAACAUUUAAUCAUACGUGAAAGUAAGUAAAGAAAUGGAGAGAGUACAAACAUUUUCUUUCUGUUAUUAAAACUUUCACCUUAAAAAUAACAACCUUUUUGAAUUAUAAAAUAUACACUUCAUUGGAAGGUUUCUUAUCUAACGUUUAAAAAAAUGAAAAGAGAAAAACUUAUUUUAAUUAUAGUUUAUACUUCAUUACUGUUUGAAAAUAGUGUAAUUUCCCCACCUCCUGAUUCCAAUUGAUAUAAUUCUAAAAGAAGUAGAUAAUUUUGAGCUUGAAAAUACUAAGUGUUAAACAUCAAAAACAUUAUCACAAUGUGAUGAACUACAUAAAAACUAGUAAUAGAAUUUUAUUCAAACCACUGUUCAUUUAAGGGCAUGUUUCAGCAGAGAUUAACUUUUGCCCACAAGGGAGAUUAACAUAUGUAACAGUUGCAUGCCAUCAUUGGUCCACAAAUUUACAUUUCCUUAGUUUUGCUAAAAUAUUUUCUCAUGUUUGAAGUCUACUCAGUAACACCACAAUUGUGGUCAAGAGAUAACCAAAGCAGGUACCACAGAAGGUUGAGAGCAAUGAAUGAUUUGAUAAAUAUUAAAUACACAACAAUAUGCAAACUUUUGUUUCAUCUAUAACCUUUUAAAUAAUGGUGUUAGUAAUGACAAUGUCCAUAAUUUCUCAGCCUUUAUUAGUGUUAGCCUGAAGAAACCUUUUUUUAUAUAUAUAUUAGUGUUAGCCUGAAGAAACUUUUUUUACAUAUACAAAAACAUAGAUAACUAUGUGAUAGCUAAAAACUAAAUCAAAUAGAGACAUUAAACUUUUUUUAAAAUUAUAUAAUUUUAUAAUCAACAAAAAAUGCAAUGGUGAGCUGUUUUAGUAAUGCUUUAUACAAACUGACUCAUUAUUUUAUUAAAUACAAUUUCAUUAACAAACAUUUUCAUUAAUGUAAUAAAAAAAACAUGUUUCUAUUUUACAUUCAUUUAAAUGUUACAAUUAUGGUGACGCAAAUGCUACUUUGGAGGGGAAAAAAUGUUCAUAGUAGCCAAUAUUUCUUUUUUUUAACAAUAAGUCAUUUAAUUAUUUUGUUAUUCUGUAAUUAUUUCUCUAUUUAUAAUUAAUUUUAAAAAAUUAUGCAAACAUAAAUGUAAAUUUUUGUUUUCUGAUGCAAAUGUUGAUUAUGCAACUCUUUACAGUAUUUUAAUGUCCUGUUCUCUUGUUUUUUGGUAAUGUAAAUACAAUAUUUUAAAUAAAACCACUGCCAUAUGUUGUAUGUUUACUGUACUAAUUUUUCUUUAUUUUUUGUUGUUGCAACUAGCAAUUUUACAUUAUUUUAUGUAAUUAAUGAUGUUUUAAUUUUCAACCAUCUAUCUUCAAAACAUUUAACUAGCACUGCUUCUACUAGAUCUCCUUGAUAGGUAGAGCAUAUACCAGAAUUUACUGCGGAGUAAUUUUUUUUUUUACUUUUUAUUGUUUCCUUAUUUACUGGCUCUAUUGGCAGUAACUAGAAACAAGGCCACAUGACUAUUUCUCUGCACUGUUUAUCUCAAUUCUACUGAAGCUUGAUAGGAGAGAGAUCCAACUAAAGCACAUAACAUAGUAUUUCAGCGAAAUUCUUUAAAUAUAACCAGUCUAUAAAAUGAUUGUA